CCGUCCGCGGAGGUGGUGCGCGUUGUCGUUCCUUCGGCUCACAUACCAGUGUCAGAGGGGUUUUCCGGUUUCCCAGCCGUGGUCCCGGCCGAUCCUCAGCGGGAAUGACGGCCAUCAGGAGCACGUGGUCGUCGGUGCUUCUUAUAUGUAUUAUAGGACUAUGCCUGCACGACGUCUUUGCGAAACACCAUCACGUAAAACUGAGGCACGAGAGACACCGUCGUCAACACGGAGAGAGCUAUCUGACCAGCAGCUUCGUGUUGGACACGGAUGAGCCUGAACGAGGAACCUGGGGACCAUGGUCGUCGCCUAGCUCCUGUUCCAGGACCUGCGGCGGAGGCGUCACUCAUCAGAUCAGACAGUGCCUCGACAUAGAUGACAAUGGCUACAACAGGUGCACUGGUGCGUCCAGGCGAUACUUCUCCUGCAACAUUCAGUUCAUGCUCCGCUUUCUACCCGACGUCACAAGUACCCAUAUCGAUCAUAAGGCCAUCUGCAUACCGACUCAAGUACGAAACGCAAAUAGAGAAUGCGAAUUUGCAUAA